UCGACCGGCCCGUCUACCCCUGCCGCUCGCUCUGUGAGGUGGUACGAGACUCCUGUGCCCCCGUCAUGGAGUCCUACGGCUUCCCCUGGCCUGAGAUGCUGCACUGUGGCAAGUUCCCCUCUGACCACGAGCUCUGCAUCGCAGUCCAGUUCGGGAACAGCAAAGUCACCCCGCCGCCAGUGUCCAAGAUCUGCACCCAGUGUGAGAUGGAGCACAAGGCAGAUGGCAUGAUGGAGCAGAUGUGCUCCAGUGACUUCGUGGUGAAGAUGCGCAUCAAGGAGAUGACGGAGGAGAAUGGGGAGCGUCGGCUGGUGGCUGCCCAGAAGAAGAAGGUGCUUAAACUGGGUCCACUCAAGCGCAAGGACACCAAGAAGAUGGUGCUGCACAUGAGAAAUGCGAGCACCUGCCCCUGCCCCCAGCUUGAGAGCCUCAGUGGCAGCUUCCUGGUGAUGGGCCGCAAGGUGGGCGGCCGCCUGCUCCUCCUGGCCAUCUACCCUUGGCAGAAGCACAACAAGGAGAUGAAGUUCGCAGUCAAGUUCAUGUUCUCUUAUCCUUGC